ACUCUUGUUCUUCUCCCCUCAUUGCGCUGCACGACCCCACGAAUAAUCGCCCAGUAUGUCGCAACGCCAGCAGAGGGUGAUGGUCCAGCCCAUCAAUGUCAUCUUCAAAAAUCUGCAGCAAAAAUCGCACGUAUGCAUCUGGCUGUACGACAACAUCGAAAUGCGCAUAGAAGGCAGGAUAAUUGGGUUCGACGAAUUCAUGAACGUCGUGAUCGACGAGGCCGUUGAGGUCUUCAUCAAGGAGGCGAAGCCCCGCAGAGAGCUUGGACGCAUUUUAUUGAAGGGCGACAACAUCACCUUAAUUCAGCAAGUGCAGCAGUCAUAGUCCCCUCCCCAUCGCCCUCCUUCCCGCCUUCCCAUCUUGCGCUUCCCUCUCUUGCAAUCUGUUGUAUCUCUCGACAUGUAUAAUGCAUUGCUCCUCGCAAAGAAUCCACGCGCAAACGUGAUUUGACAAUCAAUCCACUUGCGCCAGCCUCUGUCCUACGCUUUUCUUCCCGUCAUCAAGAAAAAUUCGACUGGCUGCCCCUUUCGCUUCGCUGCGAUAUCGUGCACACUAUAUCGAAGAUUUGACAACCCCGCCUCUCCAAACACUCGACGGAUGUCAGCCUCUGCAAUGCCGCCCUGAUGGCAGACCAACGAUGCGUCGCCAUGCUCAGGGUACAGGUCU